AUUACUAUUUACUAUACUGAAAAUUAGACAAAACCUGAUAAAUUGAUUUGAUUGGUCCAGCGGGAAGUUCAAAAUUAUUUCCUUAACUUGCAAAACCACGUAAAAGAUGGGUAACAGUAAUGGACAUGAAGCAGUGAGUGUGACAACACCUAAAUGUGACAAUAACAGGAGUAGAAUAUUAUCUCUAGAUCCACGGUCACCAUCUGAGGAGAUCUCUAGAACACCUAUUGUAGUGAACAAAACUCCAGAGGGAGCAUUGCAUGACCCUCUUGACCCCAGAUCCCCUACUGUUGGUAUAGAUCGCACACCACUAGCACCUCUUCAAACUGCAAAAACAGUUCCAGUACAGAAGGUGAAUGUUGAAAUGUCAGUAGAAGAUAAAGUAGAUCAUGAUGAUGAAACAGAGAAAGAUCCACUGUGUGAAUGUGAAGAUGAUUCUCAUGUACAACACUUACCUGAUACAUUAGGUGUUACAGGUAUUGAGGAUAUCUCACUCGAAGACUUUCCAAACUGCGAGUCAACUCGAUUGGUACCUGAUGAACAGAUGAUGCUUGAUAUGACAGAUAAGGUCAGACUGAAGAAGAAAAAAACAAAAGCAGCUCAGCCAAAAGAGUUGUUCCCAGUGAAAAAUGCCGGAAAUACUAAAGAGAAUACUCGUUCCCCAUUAUCAACACGUAUCAUUGAUAUGAACUCUCCAGCUAAACUUGUACAGAGAAAACAAAUCAAAGACUUGGAUAAGAAAAUGACCUGUUCACAGGAGAACUCGUUGUCAAGGUUUAUUGUUAGAGAUAAAGAGAACAUGUGACUUUAUGUAUGACAUUUUCACCUAGAUCUGUGUUCAUUCUGUUUCUCUUAAAUAUUCUACACCUAUAUUUCUUUAUCUGUUCCAUGUUGUGACCUUAUUAUCAAUGACAGGUGGUGACUUAUAUUAAAGAAAUAAUUUAAAACUAUUUGAUAAGAUUGUUUGUAUCUGUGGGUUAUUUUGCAGAUUUUAACUGGUACCAUGACUUUUGAGAAUUUUUUUCACUUGAAUGUUGUAUCACCAAGUACAUGUGUAUGAAAUUUCUAGGAUACAGUUUUAUGUAUAACUAACAAUAUAAUAUUAUCACAUAGACCAUGAUGUGGGUGUGUAAUAAAGUAAAUAAAUCCUUUGAUAAAAAACAAUAUUACACCGUCAUUUGCAUUAUAUACAAAGAUGGCAUUUAAAUGUACUGAUGUUAGUGUUACACUAUAAACCAUUCUUAUUUUAGAUAUGUGAUAAAUAUAAUAUUAUAUUUGUGUAGAUUCAAUAAUAAAUUUAUUGAACUGGUUGAGAAAACCAAUGUCAUGCUUGCCAGAGGCUUGCAUGAUAAUAAUAUGAUUUUGUUCAACUCAUUCAAUAGCUUUAGUAUUAAAUCUUCAUUAAUUCAAUAUCCUCACAUCUUACUGAGAGUACUAUAUUGAAAUGUUUACCAGAAGUAAAUGUUGUGAACAGAGGCAUUAGCCGAAGUGGACAUUAUUUUGUGUGAAUAUUUUGUUCUAUCACCCUCAGUAAAUUGUGACAAAUAUUUUAAUGUAACAAACAAAUCACUAUUUAAAUUAGACAUCUUAAACAUAACUACAACCCUCACCCUGUAUCCACCUGAGGGCAGUUUAGCAAUGUGAGUAAACCGACAAGUGAUGUUGCCAUGUGACAUAAUGAUAUAGCAUAUAAGGCUAUAUAGUAAAUAAAUCUUGUGAGAUAUAAAAGUAUGUAUUGUUUUCCUGAGAUAACAUAGAAAAUUUCUGGUAUUUCUGAAAUUGACUACACAUGACACACAUCACACGGCCUACUAUAGUUUCAAUGUUAUAUAACAGUUUAUAUAUUACACAGAGGGUAUUAAUUUAUUUCAUUGUUAGAAUGUACAUCACCUUAUGAACACCAAUGUAAUAUUUUUAUUAAUGGCAAAGCUACAACUGCAAAAUGAACAGUGGUUAUUCAUAUGUAAUAUAUAUAAUUUGAUGUUAAACAAACUGUUUUUCUAUUUAUCUCAUUUUUUUAAAGGUUUUGGUGAAACUUUCCUAUUUUUAAUCAAGUUUUCUAUAAAGGAAAGAAAAAUUGUUAUUAGAUUUGUUAAUGUCACAGGAGUUAACAAUUUCUUUUGUGGGCAGGUUCUAUAUUUCUAAACUGAUUUCAACCAAACUUUCAUAGAACUAUUGUCAUCAAGUGCCCUGGUGCAUAUCAUCAGUGCCUUGUGAUCUAAUUUAUGACCCUAUGUUUUUUUAUUUUCAUGAUAUGAUAAUGUAAUAAGCAUACAGAAAUAUGCUUUUGAAUGUACAACUACUAUCUCUCAACUGAUUUCAACAAAUUUUUCAUAGCAAUAUAUAUCACCAAGUGCCCUGGAGCACAUCAUCAGUGCUUAGUGGUUUAAUUUUUUUGUGCAAAAUUAUGAUCUAUGGUAAUUUGUUUCCAUUAUGUAAGUAAUAUAUGAAUACUCUACUAUGCAUAGGGCAUGUGAUAUUUCUGAGAGGAUUAACCUAUAAUCUUUGGUGGAAUUCCUGGUUUUUGACAAUUUCUUAUACUUUGUUUUUCCUUUGACAUAAUGAACUCUUACUUUUGAUGUGAUGUUUGUAUGUAGAAUUUCUCUUAUUUUGUUCUAAUUUAACAAAAAGUGUGCAAAUAGUUGUGUGUUUGCUGUGACAUAUACAGAGAUCUGCAGAUAAUUUGAAAGUACUUGGCCCUGGACCUACUUGGUCUGAAAAUGAUGGGCCAUUUUGACCAAAGUAUGGGCCUUGGGAAAAUAAGUAAACAUUGACCUAAAUGCGCCCUUUGCUGCCGAUUUUCCUGCGACAUUCUCAUUUUUGUAGCGCCAAUGGCUCAAAAUCGCGUCCUCGGCAAGAUCUCUGCAUAUAUUUUUUAUUUAAAUUCUUAUUCAUGUAUUACGUAUGAUAUUAAACAGUUAUGGUGUUGUUUAUAAAAAAUUUCAGUUGAGAAAAGUUGAUAGGUGUCUAUUUAUAGAAAUUAUUUGAUCACUAUUUGUAGUAACUAUAAACAUGCCAUAUUAUUUUCAUUAUCUAGACUUGUUUCGUGAUAGUAUAAUUAGGAACAACAACUUGUGACAGGUCUUGAAGUUGUGGUAUCAUUUAUAUAUAUAUAUCUAUAUAUAUUAGAAAACUUAUUUCAUAUUGUAAUGACAAUAAUCAGGUUUUGUACUCCAGUUAAAAUGAAUAAAUCUUUGUUUUCAUGAUACGAGUAUAUUUUGUAAAUAGUGUAUACAGUGUUUAAAAAGGAAAUAAAAAAUCCAACAUUA